AUGGCCCGAACCGCUGCAAUUGCAGCUCGCUGGAGCGGCAGCCAGGUGCGCGAGCUGAAGAUGAAGGGGACGCAGCUUCUUCGUCGACUCCUGCACCUGUCUUCUUUGUCUACACGGUUUUCUUUGGAUGGAGUUCUGACUUCGUCUCCUUGCGAGCUCACGGACAUUGCAAUCGACCUUGGGAUCCUCAAAACUCGGUUUGGAACACAGUGUCAAUGCGGCAAAGAAGCUUGGAAGCUUGAAGAGCGCAGCCACUACUGCAACUGGCGUUGCACCAAGUGCAGAAAGACCAUCAGUGUGACCGCUGGAGACAAUGAUCUGUUCUCGCUAAGGAUUGAUCUUCGCAGUUCCCUUGGUGCUUUGUGGGUCUUUUGUACUCCUCUUCACUUGUCUCCAGACAAAACUGGCCUCAUUCUUGGACUUGAUCACCGCUCCACACGGACCUUGUUUGACAAAUUUCGCAAGUUUCUCACGCCUGUUGUUGAAAGGUUGAACGAAACUUUGCACUUGGGUGGUUUUGGUUCUGAUGUCGAGCUGGACGAAAUUUCAUUUCGCAGCAAAACUGUCGGCGAGCGCGUGAUCUGGAUUCGCUACUUGGCCAUCGCGCGAAGGGGAAGUCCAAAGAUUUGGAUUUCGCCAUUGCCUUACCGAAUCACGGAGGGUGGACAAGGUGGUGGUGGACGUAUCUCCGUGGAAGAGCUGCAAGGUGCCAUGUGGGCACAAAAUGGUGAAUCUCGGAUCUGCGAAGGUUCGGUCUGCCAUUCAGACGGUGCUCGCACUUACAAGCAGUUGGGUGUCAUGGAAAGUCCACUGUUGGACACAAGCGUCUUCCACCACGUCUUUGGUUCCUUGAAGUUGGCUCACACCGCCGUCAAGCACAAGCCUCCAAAGCCGGAGUUCGCCGAGACUUUCAACGUGAAGGUUUGGAACGGCCGUGGAUGGGUGAUGGAGCAGCGGCAAGGCGGCACCCAAAAGUUGGACGGUUUUUCCGCCAGCUUCAGACGUGAAGUUGGUCGAAAACCAUUCAGCACAGCGGGACCAAGCUUGACAAGGCCCGAGAACUUGGAGCAGCACUUGCAUGAGCGUAUGCGGUGCUUCCAAUUGUCGUAUUGGUUGAGCGGAAGCGACUUGUUUCAAGUUUUCGGUGCUUUGCGAAAGGCCGAGCUGGAAGGCGGAGCCUCUUGGCAGACUUCGGCACCGUUUUUGCAGGACCAGAACAGGCAAGACGCCGUCGAAUCCAUUGAUAGUGGUUCCGACGACGCACGGCCACUUUUCCUCAGCUAG